AUCCGAUUGCGCCUGCGUACACCACGUAUGCUUCUCCCUGAUCUGGCUGGAUGCUAAAGCGGACUAGCUGGCUAGUCAACGCCACUCAGCGGGCUUCCAGCAGCAGUAGCAGAGUAGCGGGUGGACGGACGGAGGUGCCGCAGCGGCGAAAGACGCUUGGACGUCGCCGCGACUGACGAAAUGCCCGGCCAGCAGUUCCAAUACGAUGACAGCGGCAACACGUUCUUCUACUUCCUUACGUCGUUCGUGGGACUCAUCUUGAUCCCGGCCACCUAUUACCUGUGGCCACGGGAUCAGAAUGCUGAGCAAUUGCGUCUGAAGAGCCUGCGUCGGGUGCACGGCAGGUGCCUGUGGUAUCGUCUGCGACUGCUCAAGUCCCAGAAGAGCAUCGUCCCCAGACUCAAGAAAGCAGCCUUCUUGUUUGGCUGGCUCAUCUUCCUGCUGCUUGCCUACAAGGUGUCUAAACUGGACCGGGAGUACCAGGAAUAUAAUCCCUAUGAAGUUCUCAACUUGGACCCGGGCUCGUCGCUAUCGGAAAUCAAGAAGCAGUACCGCGUGCUGUCGCUGAAAUUCCACCCGGACAGAGGCGGCGACGAGGCCACGUUCAUGAGGAUCGCCAAAGCUUACGCCGCUCUCACCAAUGAGCAGUCCCGAAAGAACUGGGAAAUGUACGGCAACCCGGAUGGUCCAAGCGCAACCAGUUUUGGCAUCGCCCUGCCUGCCUGGAUCGUGGACCAGAAGAACUCCAUGCUGGUGUUGUUGGUAUACGGUCUGGCCUUCAUGGUUAUCCUUCCUGUUGUGGUGGGCAUGUGGUGGUACCGCUCCAUCCGAUACAGCGGAGACCAAAUCCUCAUCAACACCACUCAGCUCUUCAUGCACUUCAUGUACAAGACCCCCAACAUGAACAUGAAGCGUUUGGGCAUGGUGCUGACAGCAGCAUUUGAGUUUGACCCUCGCAGCAACAAAGAAGCCACCAUCCGACCCGCCGACAACAUCAAAGUGCCCCUGUUGAUUUGUAAGCUGGGAAACAUCAACGUGAAGAAGAAGGAGCCUCCCUUCUGCUACCCGUACAGCCUGAAGGCCCGAGUGUUGGUCCUCUCUCACCUGGCGCGCAUGGAUGUGUCCGAGGAGCUGAAGGAAGAUCAGAGAUUUGUGGUGAGGAAGAGUCCGGCUCUGCUCCAGGAGAUGAUCAACGUGGGCUGUCAGCUCACCAUGAUGGCCAACAGCAGAGGAGGUUUCCACGCUCCUCGCCUGGUCACCAUCGAGAACUGCAUGAAGCUGACCCAGAUGAUCGUGCAGGGCCUGCAGGAGUCCAAGUCGCCCCUGCUGCAGCUGCCCUACUUCGAGGAGGAGCACCUCCGCUACUGCAUCUCCAAGAAGUACAAAGUCCGGAGUCUGCAGGACCUGGCGAGACUCAAAGACUCGGACCGACGUAGCAUGCUGCACUUUAUGGGCGAGAAGUACGACGAGGUCAUGGCCGUGCUGGGCAGCUUCCCUCACAUCACCAUGGACACCAAACUGCAAGUCCUCGACGACGAAGACAGCAGCAACAUCACGGCCGGCUCCAUCGUCACAGUUACGGUCACCUUGACCAGAAAACGAAUGGUGGAGGUGUUUGAAAAGGAGCAGGAAGCCUUACUGUGUCCUGGAGAGGAGACGGCCCCCGCAGAGGAAGUGCAGGGAGACGCCAGUAAAGCAAAAGCGAAGCAAGUGUGGCAGAACAAGAACAAAGGCACCAAGAAGACAGCAAAGUCCAAGAAGAAAAAGCUGACCAAGAAGAAGACCACGCCGGCGCUGGCAAAAACCAAGCAGGCCAACGGAAGCGUGGCGGGAAGCGAGGCGCCGUCGGCGGCCAAGGAGGAGGAGGAGGAAGAGGUCUCGGACAAAGGCAGCGAGUCGGACGAGGGCGAGACCAGCAAAUACUCUCCCCGCGAGAGAGACGAAGACAGCGACAAGCAAAGCGACACAGAGGUGGACGAGAUGGCCGGAGACGACGAGGAGGAGUGGAAGGCGCUGCAGCAGAGCAUCCAGCGGCGAGAGCGCGCCCUGCUGGAGACCAAGUCCAAGGUGACGCACACGGCCUACAGCCUUUACUACCCCGAGGAGAAGCAGGAGUGGUGGUGGCUCUACAUCGCCGACCGGCGGGACCAGACCCUCGUGUCCAUGCCCUACCACGUCUGCACGCUGAAGGACACCGAGGAGGUGGAGCUGAAGUUUCCGGCGCCAUCCAAAACGGGCAACUACCAAUAUUCCGUCAUCCUGCGUUCGGAUUCCUACUUGGGACUGGACCAGAUCAAACCACUCAAGCUGGAGGUGCACGAGGCGAAGGCCAUGCUGGACAACCACCCGCAGUGGGACAUCCCCGACACGGAGGAGGAGGACGAGGAGCAAGAGGACAGCGACGGCAUCGAGGAGAGCGAAGACGGCGACGACGAGGACGACGACUGAACACAUACUCCGUCAGCAUCCCUCCCGCACAUCUCAACUGUAUUUAUAGAGCACUUU